CCAACUUUCAACCCUAUUAUUUUAACAUAAUUAUGUAGCACUAGGAAAAGUAAACUCGUACAACAGUAAUAAUUGGUACAUUGCAUGAAGUUAUAUAAAUUCUGCAUUAGCAGAUUUUUCUAGAAAACAGAAGCCCAUCUGAAUAAAAGACGAUAUGAGGAGAGUUGGAAGGAAACGAGCUAAUUGAAGGAUUAACAUUUGCCAUCCGCCGCGGCGGAAGUGGAGAAACCUCCACACUGCAGCGCCUGCCCGGGCACGCGCACUGAUUGACAGACAGAUUGGCAGACAAAACGCCGUGGAUGGAGCUGUUACACUAGCUCGUCCCACGCGAUAGUUUCUGAGUUUUUCCUCGAUGGCUCUUUAUGAGCGGGCUUAAAAAAACUGACGAUAUUGCGUGCUGUUGCAUAAGCCAAUGAGGGCAUACUUUUGGAUCCGAAAACUUGCUAAGCGGUUAAUUAAGCGGGCAGCAUCGUGCUCAGGAUUUAUCAUCUCGGUUGUUAAUACUGCAAUUGAUUUUUUCAUGCAGAUGCCACAACAAUUUCCUAAAGGCUGAAUGCUCAGGGGUCAGAUACGCUUCUUUGAGUACAAGCGAUGAUCUGCCGUUGUAUGCCAAUGCAGCAGGUUAGAGUAUGCAUAUAAAUUGGCCCGAGUGGAAUAUUAUCACCAUUGUUAUCGGUGCAUCAUCCGUAAUUGGUCGAUUAUAAAUGGCGUCUCGUCCCGGGUCAGUGUUUUGGAGGAAUUGUCUCGAUACCUUUACCAAAUAUGAGACCGGAAGAACAGCUCGCUUUAACGAACCUUUUAUAGCCAUCUGCAACAGGAUCAUCCAAUGCAUCAUCUUGGUAUAUGUAUUCGGGUAUGUGCUGCUGGCCGACAAAGGAUACCAGGAGAUUGACAAUGGCGAGAGUAGCGUGGUUACCAAGGUCAAAGGAAACCAGAAGAACAUCCGCCGCGGUCACACUGGCCAGAACAUGUUUUCUCCCACAGAGGGCAUAACGUGGGAUGCCGCCGAUUACGUUUAUCCGCCAUUAGAAAAUAAUGCGCUCUUUAUUAUGACUAGAUUUACCAUCACAGAAAAACAGAAUCAAGGCAAGUGCGCCGAGCGUAAUGAUCCAUCAACACAAAAGGAGGCCCGCUGUGUCGAUCAUACCGAUUGUCUGCUGGGCAAACCAGUGCAUCUCGGGCAUGGAUUUCAUACCGGGAAAUGUGUAUAUUCCACCGGAACCUGCGAAGUUUUUGCGUGGUGCCCAAUAGAAAAAGAUACAAAUGAAGCAUUUGUCUGGUUGGAUGGCGGACAAAAUUUGACCAUUCUUGUAAAAAAUUUUGUUCUGUUUCCAAAAUGGGGAAUUCGCCGGAGGAAUAUUGGUGACCUCAGUGCCACUCACCUCAAGGACUGCAAAUAUAAACCAAAGAAGGAUCCGCUUUGUCCCAUAUUUGUUCUAGGCGAUAUCGUUGAAUUAGCCAAAGAAAACUUUACCGAAAUGGCUCUUCAUGGUGCUAUACUGAACUUUGCGAUUACCUGGGACUGCAACCUGGACCGGCACAUCCAGAACUGCGUGCCUCAAUAUUCAUUUCGCCGACUGGACAACGGCCGGGAAGCGGUUGCUCCUGGGUGGGAUUUCUGGUACUCGGGAUAUUGGCUGGACAAGGAUAACGAGCCAUCUCGCUUCCUCAUCAAAGCCACUGGCAUCCGGAUCGUUUUUACUGUCUACGCUAAAGCCAGGAAAUUUAGCAUAGUGAAGACAACCAUGAAUCUGGGAGCAGGACUGGGUCUUCUUUUCAUGGCGUCAAUGAUUUGUGACUAUAUGCUGUUUUAUUGUGGGAGACCACGGGAGCGAGAGAUUCGGGGUGCUUAUGCGUCCGUGGAUGCCGAAGAAAUCAAGAACGAAAACGCCAGUAACAAUCACAAAAAUGGAAAUUAUCAUUACCGCUAUGACAACGGUGACCACCACAACGGAAACCCCGUAUUCCUAUAAUAUAAUCAACCCUGAAAAUAUUUAAAAAUAUUUAUGACUCUCCCGAGCUGCCGUCUUCUCACACAAAAAUAGAAGUUGUUUGUUAAACAGAAAGAGCGCACAUAAAAUAGUGAAAAUGGUAACCUCAUGUCAGUUUGUUAUGACUCUUAUAUUUCUACUUGUUUAUGAUAUGCUGCUUCCUGUCUAGACCAGUUCUUAAAAAUAUUUCACAAAAAAGACAGUGUAAAAAUUAAUAAAUACAGUAUU